AUGCCAUUUACAGCAGGAAUCUGGGACUACCCCUCGCCCUCUUCUAUCACUCCUCCAAUGACGGCAUGUGCCUCUUCUACUUCAGUAGCUUCACCCUCAUCUUCCCCUCCAGACUCAGCUUUCCAAGUUCAAUCUCGACCCCUAUCAUCAGAGUCAACGCCUAGAUUUUCUAUUUCGACUCCGCCAGGGACUGUUGAUCCUGCGGAUAUCACGACAACUCCUGCCCGGUCAACUAAGAAGAAGAAGGCGUUGAUGCCUGUUAACCACGGCCCGCUCCGGGAAGAAGACGACUGGACAAAGGUCACAGACCCGAAGCAAAAGAAGAGGAUACAGAACCGAGUUGCCCAAAGAACAUAUCGUCACCGCAUGAAGGCACGCCUUGGCGAGCUACAAGCCCGACUAGAUAGUCACGAACGGAAGAGCCAGCAGACAGAGAACGCAGAAAAUAUCGACUCUCCACCGUCCAGUGGACCCAUUAGAGGCUUUACGGCUAUCAAUCAGAUGCCCGGCAUCGAGCCUUCCCCACCCCCAAUGCCUCAGGAUAAGACUCCUAUUAGCCAACCCCAGAUGCAACCAAGCAUGUAUGAACGGCCUGGCAGUGGAGCCGAGCUCAUGUUCCAGCAUCUGCCUCGCAACGCUCUUAACAGCCCACCGCAAACGCAGCCCUCCCCCGAUACCAACGGCCUACUCUCUCCUCCAGGUCAUCCCCUCUCAGAACGAGUCUCCAAAGUCCCCCACGAGUUCGUGCUCGACUGUUUGCGUUUUCAAACACAACUAUUGCACCGCCUCAAUAGUCUCCAGCAAGGGUCCAACUUCAAUCCUUCCUAUGCCCCCAACAAUGCUGUACCGCCACAGCGUGAGUUGCAAUCUGGAACCACCAUAGAAACAAUUCUGAGAGAACCCACAUGGACUGACUUGGAUCUAGCUCUGGGCAAUGUAACACAGGCUGAGCAAGCACCGUGCCCCAAUACCUUCUCUCCCGCACAUGCAGAGUCUAUGGAGUUCUCUUAUGAGUCCACCGGAGAUGUGUGGAAGACAGAUGCCAUACCCAAGAGUCGCCCUCCACUUGCAUCUGAUAAUUCCAUUGUCUUCCCAUCACUUACUGCCGCCAAUACUCCUAGCGCAGUUUUGGGCAGUCCCGUCGCUGAGGGCUCCAACCAAAGCAUGCGACCUGCACUCCAGCCAGUUGCCCAAACUGCUCUAGGCGAACGCAUUGGGAGUAUCAUGGAAAAUAUCCAGGCAGCUGGAUUUGAUAGCUUUGAUGCCCUUGUCUCUGCUUACUACUGUGAUACUUUUGGGGAAGCUUCUCCGUUGGCUAACGAGCAGCGUCUAAGUCGCAAUAGACGGCUCCCAAAAGUAAUUGAUGACGUCUUCCGAGCUACUAAAGGAUGGAGCACGUGGGAACGCCGUGGAUUUCAGGAAGAGAUACUUAAAACUGCCGAGUCUAUGCUGAUAUCAGAGGGCGCCGGCGCUCGGCCAUCCGUAAUGUCCAAAAUUGAACCUCUUCUCAACUCACACGACCCAACUAACCCGGAAGCCACCGCUGAGGCCCUUACUAAUCUAAAGCGAUCAAUUCAAGAUGAGCUACCCAACUCUUGGGCUCUGACCAUGGCUCUGGCUUCUGGCACUUGCAAUUCCUUCCAGAGAGACCGUUCAAACACGGCGUUAGCAACAACUCUCCUUGUCAAUUUCUCGGGUCGGAUGCCCAAAGACCAGCUGUUGCAAAUUCUUGGCGCUUGUCUCUGA